UUAAUACCUUCAUACUUUCACUUCGUUGCUUUAUCCAUCCUGUCAAGCAAGUACGUUUCGAGAAAUCUUUAAAACAAUGGCAACUGUUGUGGCAAGCUAUCUGGGCGAAGGGUCCUUUGCAAGGCCUCUGGUUCUGAGAGACUUGGAAAGAAGUCGCACUGCCUACAAUGCUCUUCCAGACGACGCCGCACAGCCACCAGUUGCUGAUGAGCACAUCAAGAACCUUGCGGCGCUGUUCGUCCGCCACAAUGCCCAUAAUACCCUUGGAGUUCACCUGAUCCAUGGCCAUUUCCAGAUCCCGGAGAAUACGAUCAUGCUCGGGAAGAACUUCGAAAACCCAUGCGGCCGCUGGACCAACCCGACCGACGUCAGCACCUUCAAUCCUAGUGCUGUUCAUGGACAUAUCUUUGUUCUCAAAGACAACGAGUUUCUUGCGUACAAGUAUCAGGAUGGAUCGAUGCCUGAUCUUUCGGCUGUUGGACAUGGUUUCAUCACUAAAUUCGUUCACUACAUUACAAGCAACAAUCUUACCGACCUUAUUGGCCUUCAGAUACUCAUGGACGAGCGUGUGCGUCCAAUGACUCAUGCCGCGAUGACAUCGGGCAACCACAAGGUGUUCAAUGCUGGGAAACCGUUGCCCAAAUUGGAGAAUGUCCAUGACCUGAAGCAAGCUCUUGCCGAUGUCGGCGUCCUCUGA